AGGCUGCAGUACACGGUGUCGUUACAUUUGCGUCCCACAUAUUGCUCUCACAGCAAUAUUAGUAGAUAAAUAGUCUGCAGUAAGAGCAUCAGUGAGUAGCACGACAGAGAACUUUACUGCUGUCUAGCUCCCAGAACAGAGGGUUUGAUAGGAACUUCUCCUCACCCCUUGGUUCUUCUCUGGUGCGUCGCACGGUGUGCGAAAUCACCAAUAUGGUGGGACGUGGGAGACUGAGAAAUAUACACUCACCACCAGAACUCACAAGGGGCUGGACUCGCCCUAAAACCACGAUAAAAACAACCAAAAGAUCUGGAGCAGGAAGAUUGCAAACAUCUUCAAGUUGAGACCUUAGGAUUUUGCCCUGGACAAUGCCGACAGAUCUCAAGAACGGUGCGGUGGAAGCUGCACUGCCCGCCCCCACCACACCAUUCAAAUAGAGAAGGUCGCACGAAGAAAACCAGGAAACUAGCCUCCACAUGCUGACCGACUUGGGAAUUUUCUGCAUGCAACCCUCACUCAGCAAUCUAUCGGUGAGCAUAUACAGAGUCUACGCGAUGCGCUGUCGAAAUGUCAUCGACGCUCGCAGAGCCGCAUUCUGUGGUUUGCUCUUUAAUAGGGAGCUGGCCCCCAAAUAGCCUUGUUGGACAGAUUGAAAAUUUGUGUUCUUCUGUCAAACUUUAGAGAUAAACUGUUUCGAACAGAUUUGACUUACUAUUCCUGAAACAAAUCAGUGGUGUCUUCAGACUCCAGAUUUUAUACUUUUUCUGUCAUGGCUCAACGAACCAACCUGGGGUCUCCUCAGCUACUUAUGGGGGCCGCCUAGCCGCUCCGAUUCGCCCCAAACCCCAAAUUGGCAGAGAACCGAAGGAUUCGAGAGCAUCGGUGAGACGGACGUUCCGUUGGUGAGAAACCACCUCAAGCGAGCGCCCAAUACAGCUGUUAAGGUUUGAUUCCUCCCUAUGGCCACGCUCGUUUGUUGGGAGCGGCUGUCAUCAUCUUUCUUUGGGCAUCACAGCCGCCUGCCUGUACAACCACAUCUACUCGCCUCUAAUGAAAAUUUUGCUUGAAAUGACCGGCGCCAGACCGUCGGUGAAUGGAGAAAGCGAGAAAAUGGAAUCAUAAGCGAUGUAGGCGAUGUGUUGCUUACGGUGGCCAUGAAUCACUGUCUAGUCAUUCAAAAGCAAUAUUACGGCCCGGAUUCUCCAGAGGCGGGAAUGGCCGCAAGGUAUUGGAGGUUGGAUAAGCGUGACGUUGAAAUGGAGGAGGCACAGCACCAAUUACUGGUAUUUUUGUCUCAGUUAUUGUGGACUAACAAAUUUGCUGGAAGAGCCUCACAGAGAGCCGAAUUGUAGCAAUCGCAAGGGACGUAUAAAGAAGCGGGAUUGUUCUCCAAUCCAACAAGGUGCCACCUUUCGUUUUGUCCCACGAUACAAAACUUUUGUUCCCGUCAAAUUGCCAACUCAAUUUGCUUCCAAAACGUUUUCUUCCUCGUGGAAGCACUUUGCCACCCGUCAUAGAUAGCCCAGGAAAAACCAGUGGUAAGAUUCUCGCAUUUCAACGAAUGGCAAUUCGCACAUUCUAUAAACCUGAGCUGAUUUGCCCCAGCUUCUUCGCUUGGCGACCAAAAAUACGAUCAAAUGUCGGUUUCUGCAUUGAGUCCUUACGCGGCGUCUCCUACUACCGGUGGUGGUCUCGACUCGCGCAGGCUUUCGGUCGCUUCCAUGCAAUCCAGCAAAACACAUACAACCGAGGUGGAAGGAAGGGAUCCUGAGCUGCUCUCCAACAAGAAACCAGGAUACAAAGUCAUCGCCACAGAGAUUGAGGUUGAGGUUCAGGUUACAUAUUGGCAGAGUCUAAAGAGUGUUCUGAUGCCCUGGCAAAAAAACACUCGUAAGGUUACUGCGCAACUCCAAGUAGAAGAUCCCGAGGAAGACAUGGAGGAAAAUGAGCAUGUGUGUAUACCACUCAAUUUUGUCAAUCAAAAACAAAGCUAAUUAUCCACAGUUCUGUUCUCCCUGGAUUCCUUCAGUCUGGGUCUUAUCCAAAGAGAAAGAUGACGAGGAUCGAUACCUGCAAAAAAUGGCCAAAUGUACAAUCGAUACCGCCAACCUACAAGGCAACCUCGUGUCGAAAGAAUUCCUCCUGAACGAACUAGGAUACCUGGAGACUGAUUUCAUGGGGAAAGGACUGAAGAAAACGGACAAGAUUGGCGUAUCAGUCUCGGGUCAUCCCGUCAUCCCAUUCGGUGCCGUCAAACUUACAUGGUUCCAUGGCAACUCCACGAAAAUCUUCCGUCAAAUGCGUUUUUUGGUGGUCUCCAACCCCGUUUGUGAGCUCAUACUAGGGGCUCGGGUAAUUAAAGAGCACGGAAUUCUGGAUGUGCCCAAUUUUAACAACGAUGCUCCCAACGAUGUCUGGCAAGUUGAGAAUGCUAAAGGUAACUGAAUCACUUCGCGCAUGGCUGACUGAACCAUUCUAACACUUUUCUAGAUCCACACUACGUCGAACUCAAACAACAAAUGAAAAAACUCGAAGGCGAAAUCUCCGAACUCAGACUCCGAAUCAGUAGACUAGACGCCAAAGAGACAGGCAGAAAAAAGAUUUUCGAGAAUUGGAUAAAGCUCAAGGAGGCUUUGCUUGUGACCGCUACGGAGAAAUUCGACAAAUACGUCGCGGAACUGAACGCGAAGAGGAAGGCCAAGGAGGAAGCCGAGCAGAAGAAGAAGGAUGGUGAUAAGAAGAAGGAUGGUGAUAAGAAGAAGGAUGGCGACAAGAAAAAUAGUGGGGACAAGAAGAAGAAUAGCGACAAGAAAAAAGACGAAAAAAAAAGCCCGACGAAUAAAUCCAGACCCUCACAGAGUAUUCCUCAGGUCACCAUUACUCCAUUGACAGGCUCGAGCAGAGCCACGACGGGGCUGAGUAUUCGUACUACUAGCACGUUUGGUAGCACGACGAAGAGAUAGUGUGUUUUCAAAUUUGCGUUAAGGAGUCUUUUUUCUGGUCUUUCCGGGAGGGGUUGCACUUCACUUAGAUUUAUUUCGUCAUUUACUCGGUUUUGGAUAAGGGUUUUUAAGGCUGGGAAGAUUUUCACUACUAUACCAUACAUGGGGAGCGAUCCACAAAAGGUAUCGGGGCUGGAGUUUGGAGAGGAUGGUGGUUUGUUUGCUAUCGCUAUUUAGAACUGUGAGGGUACAGACGUGGAGGAAGCGAUGUGGCCCGUGCCCUUGGAACUGUAAAUAGCCUCAGAUCUUACGA